AAAGUCGUGGGUACAAACGUCGGCCCCCCUCACACCGCGUUCGUCGUUCCACUCCGCCGUCCCCUUCCGUCGCCGGCCCGACCAAGGCGGCGGCUUCCGCGGCGGCGAGGGGAGACCGGCCUCCGCGAUGACGGUGGCGGCGGGGGUGGGGUAUGCCCUCAUCGCGCUGGGCCCCGCCUUCUCCCUCUUCGCCGGCGUCAUCGCCAGGAAGCCCUUCCUCGUCCUCACCCUCCUCUCCAGCACGUUGUUUUGGCUUAUAAGUUUGAUUGUCCUCUCGGGAAUAUGGAGGGGGUUUCUACCUCUAAAAUCAGGACUGUGGUGGCCAUAUGUGAUUUUGAUCCUUACAUCUGUUGCAUUUCAAGAAGGCAUCCGUCUUGUCUUCUGGAGGCUUUACAAGAAAAUGGAAGAGAUGCUAGAUGCCUUUGCCGACAGAAUAUCUAAACCACGUCUCUCUUUGACAGACAAGAUGCUAAUCUCGUUGGCUGGUGGUUUAGGUCAUGGACUGGCUCAUGCAGUCUUUUUCUGCCUCAGCCUCCUAACCCCAGCAUUUGGUCGAGCAACAUUUUAUGUCGAAAGGUGCUCAAGGAUGCCAUUUUUCCUUGUGUCAGCAAUUAUUUCACUUGGAUUCUUGGUCAUCCAUACUUCCUCGAUGAUUAUUGCUUUUAAUGGAUAUGGAGAGAGAAAGAAGAGAGACCAAAUUUUUGUCCCAGUGGUUCACCUGAUUGCUGCUGUAAUGACGUUAAUCAACCUUGUGCCAGGGGGUUGCCUCAUCGGUACACCUUUACUGUGUGUGACAGCUGCGAUGACCUUGUACCACUCCUGGCGAGUGGUAGGGCAGAGAAUAACCGAGCAGCAACAUCGACAGUCUUAACAGCAUUGAAUGGAGUUUCCUUGUGGGCUAAUCCUUGUACUAGGACAGCUGUAUGUAGAUCUGGUGGUCUUGCCACUCGCUAGUGGACUUGUCAUCUUAUGAAGGCCCGACCGUGUAGAACGGUGGCCGCGAGAAUCUGAUGCCCUUAUGAUGGGAGGUAGUACAUGGCACUUGUAAUGAGAUGUUUUCAGUGCUAUCUGGAUAGCCACAAGAAUGCGUCUGAUCGAUGCUCUGUUAAAUAGUUAGUAAUCUCUUCAUCAUCACAAAAGAGUACUUGUUCAUAAUCUCCUUGCUUUGAA